GAGAGAAAGAAAAAAAAGCAAUUACAUAAAUGUAACUAAACCCAACAGAGAUCUUUGAUCCAAUUGUAAAAACUUUCCUCUAGAUCUGCUGCUUAUUAUCUCUCUCUCUCUUUAUCCAGAAAAACAUAAAAUUCUAAGACUAAAAAACGCCAUGGACAUCAAAUCCGUAUUUAUCAUCAGCAUCAUCAUAUCAAUAUCUGAACUUUAUGCUUUGGAUGCUUCCUUUCUUCGUUCAUCAACCUCUCUACAUCGAAGUAGCUUUCCUCAAGAUUUUCAGUUUGGCGCAGCUUCGAGUGCAUAUCAGAGCGAAGGAGCAACCAACGUUGAUGGAAAAGAACCAAGCAUAUGGGAUACGUUUACUAAACAACAUCCAGAAAAGAUUUUGGAUGGUAGCAAUGGCGACGUCGCAGACGAAUUUUAUUAUUUUUUCAAGGAAGACGUGGCACUUGUGAAAGAAAUAGGGCUGGACUCAUUUAGGUUUUCGAUUUCCUGGUCAAGAAUACUACCACGAGGUAGGAUUGCUGGAGGCGUAAAUCAGGCUGGAAUUAACUUCUACAAUCAUCUCAUCGAUGAACUCAUUUUAAAUGGUAUAAGGCCUCUCGUUACACUGUUUCAUUGGGACACACCUCAAGCACUUGAAGAUGAAUAUGGCGGAUUCUUAAACCCACAAAUUGUGCAAGAUUUCCUAGAAUUCGUUGAUAUAUGUUUUAAAGCGUUUGGAGAUAGAGUGAAGGAGUGGAUUACAAUCAACGAGCCUAACAUGUUCGCAAUGUUAGGUUAUAGUGUCGGUAAAAAUGCUCCUGGUCGUUGUUCUAGCUAUGUCCAAAACUGCACGGUUGGAAACUCAGCCACUGAACCUUACCUCGUGGCUCAUUACUUGAUCAUUUCUCAUGCUGCUGCCGUCCAACUCUACAGAGAGAAGUAUCAGAGAUUUCAUGGAGGAACCAUUGGAAUGAGUAUUCAAACAUAUUGGAUGAUUCCGAAAUAUAACACUCCUGCUUGUAGAGAAGCUGCCAAAAGGGCUCUUGACUUCCUCUUCGGAUGGUUUGCUGAUCCGAUCACUUACGGAGACUAUCCAAAGAUAAUGAGAGAGUUGGUGGGAAAUAGACUCCCAAAAUUUACAAAACAGCAGUCAGAAAUGGUGAGAGGAUCCUUUGACUUUUUUGGAAUCAACUAUUACACUUCAAGAUACGUUGAAGAUGUUAUCUUCUACGCUAACACCAAUCUCAGUUACACAACGGACAGUCGCGUCAAUCAAACAACGGAGAGAAACGGAGUUCCGGUGGGUGAACCGACAAGUGUAGAUUGGCUCUUUAUAUGCCCAAAAGGGUUUCAAGACCUUCUAUUAUACGUUAAGUCAAAGUAUCAAAACCCAGUAAUCCUCGUCACCGAGAAUGGAAUGCCUAGCGACAAGUCAUUGUCCUUAAACGAAGCUCUAAAUGACGAGGAAAAGAUCAAAUAUCACCAACUCCAUCUCUCUGCUCUUCUAGAUGCAGUCAGUCAAGGUGCAGAUGUGAGAGGAUAUCAUAUAUGGUCAUUAAUGGAUGAUUUCGAGUGGCAGUUUGGUUACAAAUAUAGAUACGGACUGGUCUACGUUGAUUUUCAAGAUGGACUCCAACGAUAUCUCAAGAGUUCUGCUCUUUGGUACCAUCAGUUUCUCCUAUCCAACUCGUCCUCCUCUAAUAAUGGACUAGUAGCGAGUACAAAUAUUUAAUAUCUUUAAUUUAUUCAACUUUCUUCUUAUGUAUCCCUAAAAUUAAAACAAAACAUGUAACUCGAUCGAACGGUGUCACAUCAAAUAAAUUGUUAGGCAGUUAAGAAAAAAAAUAUGAUCGUUGU